CCUUGUACACACUAGUAGACCAUAUUGCGCGACUUGCCUAUAGACCGCCUAUAGACGGUCUAUAGACAUAGUUGCUAGGCCGUCUAUAGACACCGUUUCAUGUGUGUCUAGUGUCCACACUACAAGUUUAGUAUCCCAUUUAGUUUCUGUCUCGCAGUCAUGGAGGACAUUGCUUUGUGCGGGGUGAGCGCAUGCCUAGUGGUAAUUGUUGGUGAAAAAAAGAGAAAACGCAAACGUUGGUGGUGUCGCAAAUUGUUUGGAGAGGGACCUAGAUUUGGUGUUGAAUUAUUGAAUAAAUUAAGAAUGAACGACGCUAUGGGUUUCAGAAAUUUCACCCGCCUAACACCUAUAGAUUUCGAAGAGUUACUUCUGAUGGUGGGGGGGCAAAUAACGAAAGAAGAUACCAAAUUUAGAGAAACCAUACCGGCAUCUCUUCGACUUGCUAUCACACUGCGAUUCCUGGCAAGUGGAGACUCGUACACGAGCCUCAUGUACACCUUCAGAAUAUCGAAGCAGGCAAUAUCACGAAUAGUCCCAGAAGUUUGUGAGGCAAUUAUUUCAGCACUGAAACAAUAUGUGAAGACACCAUCUUCCGAAGCUGAAUGGAGAACUGUUGUUCAUGGAUUUGAGACGGGAUGGAAUUUUCCACACUGCCUAGGGAGCAUUGAUGGCAAGCAUGUGCAAAUGGUCGCACCUGACCGUAGCGGCAGCUUGUAUUAUAACUACAAAGGCACCUUCAGUAUAGUAUUGCUUGGUGUUGCAGAUGCCAACUACAACUUUUUGUACGCUGAUGUUGGAUGUCAAGGCCGCAUUUCCGACGGGGGUGUUUUCAAGUACACCUCAUUGUACAAUAACCUAGAAAACAAGUCGGCCCAUGUACCUAAAUGUGAGGCAUUGCCAGGUAGAACAGAGCCGGUACCAUACAUUCUAGUGGGAGAUGAUGCUUUUGCUAUGUCCACGUACUUACUGAAACCAUACCCUGGUUGUGCAUUAGAUAUUCCUAAAAGAGUGUUCAAUUACAGACUGAGUAGAGCUCGAAGAAUUAUAGAAAAUGUAUUUGGAAUAAUGUCAUCUAAAUUCAGAGUGUUUCUAAAACCAAUGGCUUUACAGCCAUGUAAAGUUGAAUGUGUGGUGUUAUCUUGCGUAUAUUUACACAACUAUUUACGCAAGAAUUCUGUUUCAAGACAGAACUACACGCCUCCUGGAACAUUAGACUCCUAUGAUGCAGAUGGUAAUGUGAUAGAAGGAUCGUGGAGAAGAGACAUUAAUGAAAGGGAUCGUUUGUUGGAUUUGAUGGCCAUCCCUCGAAGAGCUUCAGCUAACGUACAUAAUAUCCGUGAUGAAUUUUGUAGCUAUUUUGUUUCUCAACAGGGAGCGGUGUCUUGGCAAUAUGAUGUCAUAAACUAAUAUCAGACAUGUUGUACAAUAAUAAUAAAGUAUGAAAGUUACAUCUCAGUAUUGAAGUGCCACUUUUUUAUUUACAUACCUAUGUCAUAGAAUGUUAUUUAUAUAUUGUGUACCUAAUUAACAAAAGCAAAAUCAAACAGCUAGAGAGAGCCGUGGUGUUUCACUUACCUCAAAUUCAUUGUUUCCACUCUUUGGGAUUGCUUCCUCCAAAUCUGUGUUACGGCUGCCUCUAGACUCAUUAAAUGGUAGUAAGAAUAGCAAAUAUUCAUAUGCAAACCAUGUAGACUUCUUAGGAGAGGCCCCACUACACUGUUUUAUUUUUUUCGCUCUCGGUUAAAAGAAGUUUUUAAAUUAUGUAUUUUCUUUUCAAUAUCUGCCACUGUUGCCUCGUGCUUAGUGGCCAGUGAUUGAAGCGCUAAUUUUUUUUUGUCCCGGUUUUUGUAUUCUGCAGAGGUAACAUCCCAAAGGCAGCUAAAUGCAUGGUAAUCUUCAAUGAAACUUAGAACUUUGUCAUUGGGCCACAUUUCGAUAA